GCUAAAGGUGCGCAUUUAAUUUUUUCGCAUUUCGGUUUUUUUUUGUUUCGUCUGUUUUGUGUUCAAUAAUAAAACUGCGGAUGACUACAUCGAGUCCGAUUGUGGCUUCCCGAGUUCCGUAAAAUCCGCUUUUGCCUUUGUGCUUUUGUCGACAAGUUUGGUGCUUUGAAUUGGCGAAACAACCGCGCGUGUCUCACCAAUCGCACCGCACCGGUGCAGAUUCAGAUUGUCUUGUGCUUGCUUCAAUUUGUGCUUCUUUCUUUGACCGGGUACCAGUCUGCCCACGAUAGCUUCUUAACGAGAUCCAGGUAGAACGUCUGUGCUUGAUUGCGGAAAGUUCAGCCGGAGUGCAGCCGGAGCAGAGCGGUGUGCCAAGCAGUAACGAAAAAAAGCGAUGAGACUAGUGUCUGACUUCUACAAUGAGAGUAUCGAACCAUCACUAGGAGCAAUCACAAAACCACUAACACAAAACUACGUUUCCGUGGAUAGCCUGACGCCCUGGGGCUUUCGCGAUUGUAGCAGCAAUCGUGCCCGACCUGCGGACUACAGCCACAUACUCAGCCCAGAAGACGGUUCCCGGUACGAGGCGGCCAGUCCAUUUCCGGAGGACGACCAAAUCAACCAGCGGUUUGUUAUUUGGGAAGGUGACAUUUCGCUGCUGGCAGUCGAUGCAAUUACCAAUACCACCGAUGAAACACUGACCGAGAAGAACCGUAUUUCGAAGAAGAUUUUUGGCCGUGCCGGUGCUGCCCUGACAUCCGCCGUCAUACACGACGUAGGACGAUGCAAAACAGGUGAAGUUUGCGUAACACCAGGAUACUUUCUACCUGCGAAGUACAUUAUUCACACCGUUGGUCCGAUCUACAGUGAGAAGUACCGAUCGGCGUCCGAGACUACACUGCAUUCUUGUUAUCGAAACGUGUUGUACAAAGUAAAGGAGCUAGGGUUAAGAACCGUUGCUCUAUGUGAUAUUAGCUCAGUGCAGAGAGAUUUCCCGCCAGACACUGCUGCACAUAUAGCCCUAAGAACCAUUCGUCGUUUUCUGGAGCAAUACCGUACCGAGAUUGUGAUAGUUUGCCUUGAGCCGAAUGAGCGCGGCAUCUACGAGGUACUAGCGCCGCUAUACUUUCCUCGCGAUCCGCUCGAGGAACGAAGUGCCCUGUGGCAGUUGCCGAAGGACGUCGGCGGCACGUAUGGUGAACCGCAGCUAGCCGAUCGCCAGAUCCGCAUUAUUCGUAAUCCGCAGCAUUCUGUCAUGAUUGAAGCGGACGACGACUCCGAUACCAGUCCACACGAUUUGGAGAUGGGCUCCGACGUGGAAUAUAACAACAUCAAUCUCAACCUGUCCACGCAUAUGGGAGGAGGACAACAUUCGUUUACACAUAUGCAGGGUGACUUGGACCGGCAGCGACUGCUAGGCGACCGUCCACGAAUGGUCUACGAAAGCGUGCUGGACGAUGGCUUGGAAGGAAUCGAACACCAAGAAAGAUAUGAACGACUGCUGCGCCGUGCGAAAUCCGAGGACCUCUCGGAAGUGUCCGGAAUCGGCUGCCUGUACCAAAGUGGCGUCGAUCGGCUCGGACGUCCGGUUGUGGUAUUCUGUGGCAAAUGGUUCCCCGCUCACAAUAUCGAUUUGGAAAAGGCCCUGCUCUAUCUGAUAUACCUGUUGGACCCAAUUGUGAAGGGUGACUACGUGAUUGCCUAUUUCCACACACUCACCAGCUCGAAUAACUACCCAUCCUUGCAGUGGCUAAAGGAAGUCUACAGCAUACUGCCUUACAAAUACAAGAAAAACCUUAAGGCAUUCUACAUUGUGCACCCGACAUUCUGGACCAAAAUGAUGACCUGGUGGUUCACGACGUUCAUGGCGCCCGCUAUCAAGACGAAAGUACACUCAUUGCCCGGUGUAGAGCAUCUAUAUUCUGCUAUCGCCAAGGAUCAGCUAGAAAUUCCCGCCUACAUUACCGAAUACGAUAUGGCGACGAACGGCAUUCACUACUUCCAGCCGGUGACCAACACCUCCUCGCCGGCAUCGUAAAGCCUAGCGUUUCAGCAACCGCCACGUGUGUAACCGUAACCGAGGACGUUGGGCAAAUACUCCUCCUUCUCCGAGAUCCUCAAACAUUUGCUUGUAUCACUGGAGCUAGAGUAAAAACCUAAAUAGCAAACUCAUCGAUCAAUAUUAUCUCGUCGUAGUUGUAAUCAAGUUUCAUCUAUUAUUCCACUUUGAAUCGUCUCACUCGCGUAUAGCGUAAUUCACAACAUUUCGCAGCGUUCAGUUCCGCUUUCGAGUAGGAACUUCAUCACGUAAAAUGUAACCCAAUCAACAAAAAAUAAGACAUAACAACUGUUCUAAACGAUACAAAAAGAAACCUAUUUGCUUCCUUUCCACCGUUGAAAAAAAGUUUAAUGAUAACAAGUGAAUAAAACUAACAAAAAAAACGUCUAUAUAUAUUAAAGCAAAAAUAAAAGUGUGGCAAACGAGAGGAUGCUGCAGUGAUGCGGAAAACACACAAAUUUGUAGCUAAACUAAAACUAAAAAGAAGAAAUAUUAUUCUCAACGCUUUACCCGAGACUAUGGUUCAAGAGUAUAUAUACACACACAGUUUAAUGAGACCAGUACUAGUUACAAAAGCUAACAGAUCUAAAGAAAAUAAAAAGUUCAAGUUUACGAAACGGUUAAUGAGAUAAUUAUCAACAGAGCAAGCAGGCAGACAGUACCACCCAGUACCACUGGUAGGUAUAAGAAGACGUCGACCAGGAAAAAAACAAACCCGAAAUAAAACCUAAAGAAAAACUUUAUGCUGCUAUGCGGCUUUUUGUAGAAUCAGCUUAAAAUAGUUCGAAAAGAUGAAAGUACACACGUGCAUAAUAGUUGACUCUUAGUACAUCAGAAGAAAAUAGUCCUGCGCUUUUGAAGUAACGCCACUACCCGAGGGAUGUUCCAACUUGUAUGAAAUUUUCACUGCUGCAAUACGUUCUCGGAGUGCCCUUCUGGCAUAUGAAUAAAUGCUUGAUGGUUUUGACCGGUAACGAGAGAACUUUUUUCCUGAAUGUAAAAGAUCUAAGCAGUAGUGAACAUGUCAAACAACAAGGCAACAUUUUUGGUAACACAGAAACAGACUCCAUUGAGAAAAAUGCUUAACAAACGUAGACAAAUCCAACAGAGCACCCUAUUUUUGGAUGCGCAAAAGCAAGCUUACCUAUUACAAUAGCUGAAAAAAAACUACACAAAAAAAAGAAACUAUUGAAAAAGCAAAACAAAAAGUGACGCAAGAGCACAUCUCAUGUGAAGGCGCAAUUGUUUGUGCAGUGCCCCGAACCCCCUCCCAAAUCAAAAAAAAAAAACAAGCAAAGCGAAAAAUCACCAAAAUAACAAAGCAAUUUCCCGUAAGGAAACGAGAAGCGAAAAACGAGCGAAAAGCGUGCGGCUGCUUUUUUUAGAAAGCCAUUCAUUAAGUUUGUUGUUAAUGCUAAUAUAGCAAGUAAAAAAAACAAAGAAAUCAAGUUGAAACAUGAAAAGCGAGUGCCAAUUAGGGAAAGGAGAACUUUGAUAAGAUGGGAUUUUAACGGGUUGAUCUUUCUAAACGAGUUUAAUCGAGAUUGUUGUUUCUGUUCGUUGCUUUGUCCUUGAGCUUUUUACUUUUUUAACAAUAUUCAGAACGUUACCGAAGCACGCAUGAAGAGGAAAGGAUGCUACAUUUAGUAUUAGAAAUCGAUACAAGAAUCAAUGCCCAGUUCGUCUUUCUUAACCGGCUAAAAAGAGACGUUGCUCUUCACCGAUGUUCUUAGUGUGGACUCUAGAAACGAAAGCAACCGAACGCGAAACUGUAUUGUUUUCCAGCACAAGGUCCGUGAGGACAUGUGGAAGGAACAACGUUGAAACGUAAGCCCACUAUUGUUUAUUUUUCCGAUUCAAAAUAUUCUAACAACUACCGUGGUAGGACUGUAUAAUAAUGUUACGGAAGAGGAACAUCCAUGCAAGUACAUACAUACAAGUUUUCUCCAUUUUAUAUAAAUUGUAGUGUCUAUGUGUUAUCUUGAAGAGACUUGUUUUAACUUUAGGAGAUUCUAGUUUAAUGGAAAACUUUCCUUAUUACAGGCUGCAAACUAUGCAGUAUUACACGUAUACAUAAUAAUAUGAGUAAGAAAUUUAACACACGUAUUUAACACACAGGAAACAUUAACAGCAAACAAACAACAACAAAGUGAAAAUUUAGUAACAGGGCAACAAUGAAAAGGUAAUAAGUAAAUGGGAGGCGAGCAAGAAGAGAGAGCCUUCACAUAAGCAGAGGAGAGAAAGUCGUUGGGAAACCAAACGGAAGAAGCUGUAAAAUAUUGUUAAACAAUUAUUUAAGAUAUUGAAAUCUUAGUCGGAUAGCAACCAAAAUUCUUGAAGCAAGAAAAGCCAAUAUGGAUUGAAAGAGUUUGUAGCGGUAAUUUGUUUCUUAUUUCGCGAAUAUCAACCAAAGUAACGAUGAAUGAAAUAAUAAUAAAAUUGUUGGUAAUUUUUUGAAAC